AUGGCACCAAAGAGGGGCACCAAGCGCGCAGCCAGCGGAACGGAGGCCAUGACGGAUGAGGCGAAGAAGAUGAAGGAGACCUUGAGGAACUAUGGCGUGAGCAAAGCCUGGUACGAUGGUGUGGUGGAGGGGCUUGAAUCUCCUGUCGCAGAGGACCCCCUCUCUGUGCGGCAGAUGCUGAUCGCAAUGCUCCCAGAGGGCCUUUGUGUGCCCGCUGACCAACGUCACGCCUACCAGACGACUCAUGUGAAGAUGGUCUCAGAGACCUUGCAGAAGGUCAUUUGCAAGUUGGAGGAGAAGCUGGCUGCAGCAUCUGCGGAAGUCAGUCGCAUUGAAGGUUCCAAGGAAGAGUUGCAGCACAAGGUGUCGGCCGCCGAGGAGGCCACGGCCGGGGCGGCGGAGCGCGAGCGGAGCUGCAAGGUGCGCUUGGCCGACGUCACCCGCACGGUGAUCUCUUGCAAGGAGGAGCUGUCCAGCGCCGAGACAGCCCAGCGGGAGAAGGCUUCAGCGCGUGAGAACGCCUUGCAGGAGAAGGCACAAGUCGAGGCUGUUUUGGCCGAAGAGUUUCGCCUCCUGUGCGCUGGUGAAGUGCAGGGGGAGGAAGCUCAGGCCCACUAUGUGAAGUUGGAGACCUUGGCCAAGCAGAUUGGGUUCGAAGCUUCGCUCCUCACAGCGCUGCCCACCUCCAUCCUGAAGGAACCAGCCAGUCGCGGCUCCUUUGAUGCCAUGGUGGUGGCGCAGCUGGGCGAGGGCCUCACCAAGCGCCUGAGCACCUUGCAGGAGCACCUGCAGGCAUCGGAGCCAGAGGCCACUGCUGCGGAGCAGGCAGUGGAGACAGCCAAGAAGGAGCUGCAAGCGGCACGCGAGCAGCAGCAAGUGGAGGCUGAGAAGUAUGAAGCAGCCCAGGAGCUCCGGGCCACGGCAGAGCUGGCCAGGAGCAAGGCCCAGGCAGAGGUGGCGCAGCAAGAGCCCUUGCUGCGACAAGCAGUUCAGGCACGCCUGGAAGCGGAGACGGAAGUGGAGAGCUUCAAGAACCACAACUGGGCCAGCUUCGAGAAGCUCCGUGACCACAGCUCAGCGCAAAAGGCCGUGGAGGCGCAGAUGGAGGCGGCAGAGGCUGGCGCCUAA